CUGGGCGCGAGCUGCGAGCGCGAUGCUCAGAGAGAAGACGCGUCCGACGGCUGUCGGGCGCUGAGCGGGGCGGGGAGAGGUGGCCGGCCCUGGGCAUGGAGCUCGGGGGUGCAGAGCCUCAGGACAUUUGGGACGCGCCUCGCGCGCCUGAAGUUGCAGCCGGCAAGAGGCUAGCGGCCAGCGGACGGCCCAAGGGGACCCCGGAGCGGCCCGCGCGCCGCUGAUGAUCCUUCGCGCCGGCAGCGAGACACGGAGGUGGCCAGCAUCCGAGCAGGCGGCCCGUGAGGGCCGAUCCGGCGGAGAGCAGAGCCCGAGGCGCGGCGUAGCGCCUCUUCGCACAUGCACACGGAGCCAUGAGGUGCCACGUCACCACCAGCUGCCAUGUGAUCUGGCUUUUUGUGCUGAUCUCUGGAUGCUGGGGCCAGGUGAACCGACUGCCCUUCUUCACCAAUCACUUCUUUGACACAUACCUGCUGAUCAGUGAGGACACGCCUGUGGGUUCCUCUGUGACCCAGUUGCUGGCCCGAGACAUGGACAAUGACCCCCUGGUGUUUGGCGUGUCCGGGGAAGAAGCUUCCCGCUUCUUUGCUGUGGAGCCGGAUACAGGUGUGGUGUGGCUCCGGCAGCCGCUGGACAGAGAGACCAAGUCGGAGUUCACAGUGGAGUUCUCUGUCAGCGAUCACCAGGGGGUGAUUACACGGAAGGUGAACAUCCAGGUUGGGGAUGUGAAUGACAAUGCACCCACAUUUCACAAUCAGCCCUACAGUGUCCGCAUUCCUGAGAACACACCGGUGGGGACACCCAUCUUCAUCGUGAACGCCACAGACCCCGACCUGGGUGCAGGAGGCAGCGUCCUUUACUCUUUCCAGCCCCCCUCCCAGUUCUUUGCCAUCGACAGCGCCCGCGGCAUUGUCACGGUGACCCGGGAGCUGGACUACGAGAUCACACAGGCCUACCAGCUCACCGUCAACGCCACGGAUCAAGACAAGACAAGGCCUCUGUCCACUCUGGCCAACUUGGCCAUCAUCAUCACAGAUGUCCAAGACAUGGACCCCAUCUUCAUCAACCUGCCUUACAGCACCAACAUCUAUGAGCAUUCUCCUCCGGGCACGACUGUGCGUAUUAUCACCGCCAUCGAUCAAGAUAAAGGACGUCCCCGGGGGAUUGGCUACACCAUUGUCUCAGGGAAUACCAACAGCAUCUUUGCCCUGGACUACAUCAGUGGGGCGCUGACCUUGAAUGGCCUGCUAGACCGGGAGAACCCCCUUUAUAGCCAUGGCUUUAUCCUGACUGUGAAGGGCACGGAGCUAAAUGAUGACCGCACCCCAUCCGAUGCCACAGUCACCACGACCUUCAAUAUCCUGGUUAUUGAUAUAAAUGACAAUGCCCCAGAGUUCAACAGCUCCGAGUAUAGUGUGGCCAUCACUGAGCUGGCACAAGUCGGCUUCGCCCUCCCCCUCUUCAUCCAGGUAGUGGACAAGGACGAGAACUUGGGCUUGAACAGCAUGUUCGAGGUGUACCUGGUGGGAAACAACUCCCACCACUUCAUCAUCUCCCCCACCUCUGUACAAGGGAAGGCAGACAUUCGCAUCCGGGUGGCCAUCCCUCUGGACUAUGAGACCGUGGACCGCUACGACUUUGACCUCUUUGCCAACGAGAGUGUGCCUGACCAUGUGGGCUAUGCCAAGGUGAAGAUUACCCUCAUCAACGAGAAUGACAACCGGCCCAUCUUCAGCCAGCCACUGUACAACAUCAGCUUGUAUGAGAACGUCACCGUGGGAACCUCUGUGCUGACAGUCCUGGCAACGGACAAUGAUGUGGGCACCUUCGGGGAAGUCAACUACUUCUUCAGCGAUGACCCUGACCGGAAACUCCUCAGUGCCCCGGGAGAGCACUGUGGCCCUGUGGCCAGAGCACUGAGCUGGGAUUCGGAACCCGAGGGCACCGCCGCUGGUGCAGCCCUGGUCGUGGCAACAGAUGAAGACUCCCCUCCCAACAACCAGAUCACCUACAGCAUCGUCAGUGCCUCCGCCUUUGGGAGCUACUUCGACAUCAGCGUGUAUGAGGGCUAUGGAGUGAUCAGCGUGAGCCACCCGCUGGAUUAUGAACAGAUACCUAAUGGGCUGAUUUAUCUGACGGUCAUGGCCAAGGACGCUGGCAACCCACCUCUGAACAGCACUGUCCCCGUCACCAUCGAAGUGUUUGAUGAGAACGACAAUCCUCCCACCUUCAGCAAGCCUGCCUACUUCGUCUCCGUGGUGGAGAAUAUCAUGGCAGGAGCCACAGUGCUGUUCCUGAAUGCCACAGACCUGGACCGCUCCCGAGAGUACGGCCAGGAGUCCAUCAUCUACUCCUUGGAAGGCUCCUCCCAGUUUCGGAUCAACGCCCGCUCAGGUGAAAUCACCACCACCUCUCUGCUUGACCGUGAGACCAAGUCCGAAUACAUCCUCAUCGUACGAGCAGUAGACGGGGGUGUGGGCCACAACCAGAAAACUGGCAUUGCCACUGUCAACAUCACCCUCCUGGACAUCAAUGACAAUCACCCCACCUGGAAAGACGCUCCCUACUACAUCAACCUGGUGGAGAUGACCCCUCCAGACUCUGAUGUGACCACGGUGGUGGCCGUGGACCCAGACCUGGGAGAGAACGGCACCCUGGUGUACAGCAUCCAGCCGCCCAACAAAUUUUACAGCCUUAACAGCAGCACAGGCAAGAUCCGAACCACCCACGUCAUGCUGGACCGCGAGAACCCCGACCCACAGGAGGCGGAGCUCAUGCGCAAGAUCAUCGUCUCCGUCAGGGACUGUGGCAGGCCCCCCCUGAGAGCCACCAGCAGUGCCACAGUGUUUGUGAACCUCUUGGACCUCAAUGACAAUGACCCCACCUUUCAGAAUCUACCUUUUGUGGCCGAGGUGCUUGAAGGCACCCCUGCAGGGGUCUCUGUCUACCAGGUGGUGGCUGUCGACCUGGACGAGGGCCUGAAUGGGCUGGUGUCCUACCGCAUGCAGGUGGGCAUGCCCCGCAUGGACUUCCUUAUCAAUAGUAGCAGCGGCGUGGUGGUCACCACCACGGAGCUGGACCGCGAACGCAUCGCUGAGUACCAGCUGCGGGUGGUGGCCAGCGAUGCAGGCACACCCACCAAGAGCUCCACCAGCACACUCACCAUCCGAGUGCUGGAUGUGAACGAUGAGACGCCCACCUUCUUCCCUGCCGUGUACAAUGUCUCCGUGUCCGAGGACGUGCCACGGGAUUUCCGGGUGGUCUGGCUAAACUGUACCGACAACGACGUGGGCCUCAACGCUGAGCUCAGCUACUUCAUCACAGGUGGAAACGUGGAUGGGAAGUUCAGUGUCGGCUACCGCGACGCCGUUGUGAGAACGGUGGUGAGCCUAGACCGGGAGACCACAGCUGCAUACACGCUCGUCCUGGAGGCCAUCGACAACGGCCCAGUAGGCAAGCGGCACACAGGCACAGCCACUGUGUUCGUCACUGUCUUGGACGUGAAUGACAACCGGCCCAUCUUUCUGCAAAGCAGCUACGAGGCCAGUGUCCCCGAGGACAUUCCUGAGGGCCACAGCAUUGUUCAGUUAAUGGCCACAGAUGCCGACGAGGGCGAGUUCGGGCGUGUGUGGUACCGCAUCCUUCAUGGUAACCAUGGCAAUAACUUCCGGAUCCACAUCAGCAGUGGACUUCUGAUGCGAGGACCCCAGCCCCUGGACCGGGAGCAGGACUCAUCCCACGUGCUGAUAGUGGAGGCCUACAACCACGACCUGGGCCCUAUGCGGAGCUCUGUCAGGGUGAUAGUAUAUGUGGAGGAUGUCAAUGACGAGGCCCCUGUGUUCACACAGCAGCAGUACAGCCGCCUGGCUCUUCGAGAGACCGCAGGCAUUGGCACAUCGGUCAUUGUCGUUCGAGCCACAGACCGAGACACUGGGGAUGGCGGCCUGGUAAACUACCGCAUCCUGUCAGGCGCAGAGGGGAAGUUCGAGAUUGACGAGAGCACGGGGCUCAUCAUCACCGUGGACUACUUGGACUAUGAGACCAAGACCAGCUACCUGAUGAACGUGUCCGCCACUGACCAAGCACCCCCCUUCAACCAGGGCUUUUGCAGUGUCUACAUCACUUUGCUCAAUGAGCUGGAUGAGGCCGUGCAGUUCUCCAACACCUCCUACGAGGCCUCCAUCUUGGAGAACCUGGCACUGGGCACUGAGAUUGUGCGGGUCCAGGCCUACUCCAUUGACAACAUCAACCAGAUCACCUAUCGCUUUGAUGCCUACACCAGCGCCCAGGCCAAAGCCCUCUUCAAGAUAGAUGCCAUCACGGGUGUGAUCACAGUCAAAGGCCUGGUGGACCGGGAGAAAGGUGACUUCUACACCUUGACGGUGGUGGCAGAUGACGGUGGCCCCAAAGUAGACUCCACUGUGAAGGUGAGUAGCCUGUGGACUGGGGCUCUUCCCUGUGCUGUUGGCUGUGUGGCCAAUGCUGGCUUGGGCCUUGCCUGGUGCUGGAACUUCCUGCCUCCCAUGAAGAAAAGACACGUAGAUGGGUCUGCAGCGGGUCCCUGAUCAGACCCUUCACAGCCAUCCCAGUCCAGACCCCUCUCGGGCAUGUACCCUAUGUCUAGCUCUGCUCUCUCUGCCUUCUGUGUCCUGCCGAGCACCCAUGGGAUCCUG